AUGAAGUACACCGCUGCCUUCUCCGUUCUUGCCCUGGCCGCCACUGCCAUCGCCGUCCCCACCGAGCUCGAGGCUCGCGGUGGCCCCGGCAACGGCGGCGGCAGCGGCGGCGGCGGCACCACCUGCUCCGCCAGCGGCCAGAAGCAAGUCUGCUGCACCGGACUUCUCAACUGCCUCGUUGCAGUUGUCGGAGAAAACUGCAACAACAGCGCCUACUGCUGCACGACAGAUGCCCCUGCUGUAAGAAUGAUCUCCACAUCCUCCAAUGUGCGGGAACUCGUUGCGGCGAGCCCCGGCUAA